UUCAUCGGGUAACAGCUGCAAUCAACAGCUCCAUGUUUUGCGCAAAGGUGAGAUUUCCCAUGACCCAAGUGGAGCGGCAAGCGGCAAAAGAAAUUUUUGCUUCAGCAACCUCCCCGUUUGUGGGAGGUACCAUUGGAGCUAUCGAUUGCACGCACGUGUCAAUUUGGCCCCGAAACGUCAUGAAGAAGCGUAUGUCAACCACCACGGCUACCAUUCGCUUAAUGUCCAAAUGAUAUGUGAUCCUACACUUAAAAUUUUAAACGUAAAUGCCAAAUUUCCGGGAGCACGGCACGAUUCAUAUAUUUGGAGUUCCUCUGCGGUGCGAAUGGUUAUGCAACGGAAUUUUGAAAUUGGAAACCAUAACUUGUUUUUGAUUGGUGACUCCGGGUACCCUUUGGAGCCUUGGCUGAUGACUCCUCUAACAAACCAACCGGAAGGUACUCCGAAAUUCUUGUAUAAUGAGGCAUUGUGCAAAGCUCGUAACCCAGUUGAGAGACUUUUUGGCGUUCCGUCCGUUUCCACGGCAGUCGGUUCUACGUUACCGAAACGACCCGGAUUUAUAUCCGGCCAAGGACUGUCACUCCAGCAGCAUUCCCCGUAUGUAAAUAUGGGGAAUGUUUAUGCAGCUACAACAACAACAACAACUUUUUGGCGUUCUUAAGGCAACGUGGCGGUGCUUGUCUCAACAAAGGACACUCUUGUACGAUCCAGGAUUUACUGGACAAGUAGUUAACGCGUGCUCAGCUUUACAUAAUAUUCGUUUAAGAGAAGGAAUAUACCAGACCGAAAAUGAAUUCACAGAGCCCAGAACAAACGACAUUUUUGUAAACCAAGAUGCACCAUCCUCAACAGCAAAGCGCAUCCAAGACCGACUGAUUGCUAAUUUUUUUACUUAAAUACUAUUUUCACUCAUAAUCAUUCCGCAUACAUAUCUAUGUGAACACUCGGGUAUAAAAAGUUAAAACAUUUUCGUAUUUAUUGUUAAAACCUUUUACUGAACAAAAUUACAUGCAGAUUCAAUAACAACAAUUCAGUCUUUAACUUCAGUUUACAUACAGUUUUAGGUUACAGGCACAUAAAUCUAUUUAUGUAUAUAGGUAUGCAUAAGCGUAUGUACACAUGGUUUAUAAAUUCAAAGGUCAGUCUAUUUGUAAAAACGAAAACAAUACAUUCUAAUUCAUUUAAUUAAUGUUACUUAACAUUAGCACAGCUUGUUU